AUGGACUUAGGCUCAGACAACGCGUCCACUUUGUUGGAAGACUAUGCGCAGAGCGUUUCGGAGUUGACGUUCAACUCCCGUCCAAUCAUCGAUAACUUGACUACGAUUGCUCAGGAAAAUCCUGCAAAUGCCGAUGGUAUUUUGAACAUCAUUACCAAUCGUAUCUACAAAGCCAUUCCAGACCAGAAGUUGUAUGCUUUGUAUCUUUUGGAUUCGAUAUGUAAGACUGCCGGAAAUCCAUACAACAUUUUGGUAGGUGACGACAUAUUCAAGUUAUUUUCUCACGUGUUCCAGCUUGGAAACGAAACUAUUCGUAAUACCUUAUCGUCCAAAUUGUUUGAGAGUUGGAAAGUGACGAAAGUUAGGGGCAAUUUUCCAUUAUUUCCCCGGGAGCAACUAGACAAGAUCAAGACGUUUUUGGAUAAGGCUGGCUAUCCCAAGAAGAACGGCAAUGGCAAUUCACCCGAUCUUUCAAAUAUGACAUUGAUCGAGGAUACUAACUCGUUGAUAGCCGUGUUCCAGUCUCGGCUCCAGAGUCAUCCUGAUGCCAAACUCAGCGAUCGCUUCAAUGCUUUACAGGAAUUGAAAAAAUUGCUUUUAAGCCAGCAAAUGAAACCGGCAGAAUUGAAAGCUGUUCAGGCACAACUAAACACGAUCAAGGAACAGGACAAUAACCAUAAUAGUAAUAUCAACACGCCUAUGCCUACGCCUGCUACAACGCCUGCUGCUACACCUGGUGCUUCCAGAGUUGAACCAGUGAAGAACGAAGCGGACACCCUCUUUCAGGCUUUGCUCUUGUAUGGUUUGGUAAAAGUAGACCAAGACCCCAUUCCAGGUUCCAAGCCGGAUUAUAGUAUAGUAUUGCCAAAGAUCAAAUACCAGAUUCCUAAGGGUGACUUGUCCAAUAGUGCUUUGCAAGACAUCUUGACAGCUAAUUUACAUAGUAGUAUCCAUCGUUCAGAGUACGAAAAGAUAAAGUUUGGCGAAUUGCAAGUGGUGUCAAAACAAAUAGCCAGCGAUCUACAGGGCUUCUUGAACAACAACAAACCUAGAAUUAGUGACCUCAACUUCUUGUACGACGCCAAAUCAUCGAAAUGUGCCCUUUGUGGGAAACGAUUCAGCACCGAUACAGAUGGGGCAACCAAGAAGCGUUUGCAUUUGGACUGGCAUUUCAGAAUCAACAAGAAGUUGUCCUCAUCGACGUCUAAUGUACAAUCCAGAAACUGGUACUUGGACGACUACGACUGGGUUAACUUCAAGGACGACGCUUUGUUGGAGUUCCUGACGUCAGAAACAGGAGAAACUAAGGAUGCUGGAAUUGUGGCCAAAACAAACAAGGUAGCGUUUGUAGCCGUUCCAGCGAAUGACAGCAAUAUGAACAACAGGUGUAUCAUCUGCCGUGAAUCUGUCAAGGCCACCUACAAUGAUGAGUUGGGUGAAUGGUGCUGGUUUAACUGUGUGCGUGCACCAGGUGAAGGUAAGAACAGUAGGAAGAUAAUGCAUGCUAGCUGUGCUGUAGAGUCUAGCAAGAAGAGAGGAGCUGAAGAUGAGGUGAAUGGGUUGAAAAAGCAGAAGGUGUAAUAGUUUAUAGAUAAUGAACGCUUAUGACAAGCAAAUGUAGAGGUUGUCCUAGGGUAUGAUAGCUGCUGCAGUGUAUGGUGUCUGCCAAGUAAAUAGUUACGAUAAGUUGCUUUCUGUAUAGUUCAAUGUACAUAU